GUACUAUUCUCUUCAAUAUGGCUGCGACAUCCUCGGAGGUUGGUGUCCCCGAGCCCGAUGAGAACUCGCCCGUGGCCAUAGCUGCUCGCCGCCAGGAGAUACAAGCCUGGGAGCAGGCCGCCAUUGGGAUUCUCGGUCCUUGUCCCCCAGACCUGAACGAGUCGACGAUCGACAUUCGACUUUCAGACCACUUUGUGAGCCAGACCAUCGUCGUUCGGCCCGUCUCGAAAGGGCAUAAAAACGGGCACAGCGUCAAUAAGUGUCCUCUCAUCGUGUACAUCCACGGGGGAAGCUUUACCUUUGGCACGCCAAACUUUGCCCUUUCUCCCGCCCGGGCAUUUGCAUCGUAUUUUGGGGCCAUCGUCGCCUGUCCGUCCUACAAGCUGGCACCCGAGAAUCCCUUUCCAGUCCCGAUGCAAAGUGCAUGGGAGGUGGUAGCGUGGCUGUCGGAUCCACGGAACCUCAACGAUGGGGCCCUCAAGCACGAAGGGAUCGAGUUCGAUCCUUCCCUCGGUUUCGUCCUGGCGGGCUGCAGUGCUGGCGCGACCAUCUCCGCAGUCAUAGGCGGCAUUGCGUCAGCAGCGAAGGCAGGCCACGCAGAGCUCGUGCAAGGGUUACCCAGCCUUGUCUCGUCCAUCUCGGGGCUCUUCAUCUCACUCCCUCACAUCGUCCAUCGAGACAUUGUCCCAGCCAGACACGCAUCCGCUUUCCGGUCUCGCGAGGAGAAUGCCAACGCGCCAUUCAUCAACGCGGCGUCUCUGGCCAAUUCGAUCAAGAGACUCCAGACCGACUUCCGGUCACCUUGGUUUUCACCUCUCAACCUGGAUCUGCCAAAGAUCAAACCAUAUCACCCUCCACGGGUCUACGUACAUGGUGGCGACCUAGAUAUCCUUCGCGAUGAUGCGGUGAUCUAUGAACGGGUGUUGAGAGAGGAGGGCGUCGCGGAGACGAAGAUUGAUGUGCUGGAAGGCUAUGGUCAUGUCGGCUGGAUUUCGGUCCCAUUUCCUGAAGCCCACACACCAGAAAUCAAGGAAAAGGCGAUGGACGGCAUGGCGUGGAUUCUGGGCAAGGAUUGGGACAGAAACAGACCGCUUCCAUACUAAUCAGCAUUCUCGAUAGUUAUUGAU